ACCCACGUGUGCAAGGAGGUGUCUGGCGUGCAGCCUGUGAGGCCCACGCGAGCUGCGGCUGGGCAGCGCGUGCCACAGGUGCGGGCGGCGCUGCCUGCCAUGGAGGUGAGCCACUCGGUGAAGGAGCGCACCAUCGCCGAGAACAGCCUGGUCAUCCUGCUGCAGGGCCUGUGCGGCCGCGUCACCACCGUGGAGCUGCGUGACGAGAGCUGGGCCGCGGGGCGCGUCACCAGCGUGGACGCCUUCAUGAACGUGCGCCUGGCCGACGUCACCUUCAUGGACAGGCAGGGUGCCGCGCGCCGCCUGGACGAGCUCUUCGUGACGGGCAGGAACGUGCGCUACGUCCACAUCCCCGAUGACGUGGACAUCCGCGCCACCAUCGAGCAGCAGCUCCAGGCCAUCCAGCGCGUACGCUACUUCGGCGGCCGUGACAAGGGCAGGAAGGAGUUUCCCCGAACGAAGCGCCCGUGAUCCCGUGGCUCCAGCACCGUCACCACGGCACGGCACCGCACGGCCAGGACGCCGGGCUCCUGCACGCCGCCUCCGCGCCCUGUCCUGCGUGUCCCGCUGGGCACAGCGAGGGGAGCCCUGCUGCAAGGGGACGUUUUGCUCUUCUAAUGAACAGCCCUGCUUGAAAGUGUCGUGACUCUUCCCCUCGCGUCAUGCUGCCCGGCGGGCAGCCCCUGUGUGUCCCU